GGGAGGGUAAAACACCAACAAGCACAGUCAGAGAAGAGAAGUGGAUUGGGAGAGCAAGAAGUAGAGAAGUCAGCAGUUAGAGACAUGUUCAAAUAAAAGGGAGAAGAAGAGACAAAACAGAGGGAUAUAGGGGUAGUAGACAUUUUGGUAGAGAUGGAGGUUCAAACCGAAUGCAGUGAACCACCUCCAUGUGACCCCCAGCCAACGGGAAAACUCAACAAAACUGCAUUCAAGCUGUUUGGUAGGCGCAAGUCCGGCAGCAGCAUGCAGAGCAUUUUCUCAGUCAGGAACAAAGGGGAAGCCACCGGUAAAGCCACCAGCAAGCCACAGGAGCUUGUUAGGAGCAAAACCCAUGAUGGCUUAAUAACGGACACUCCUUCUGAGCUUGACGGCCACAGAAAAGAGGAGUCUGCCAGUGCUGACCAACUCCAGGCUGGGAUGCCAGAUGGUGUGUCCUCCGCCCCCCUUCGCAGCUCCAUCACCAGGUCUUUCAGCUUCUUCUCUUUGCUGCGCAGGAGCAGCAGCCGUGCAGGAGAUGGAGUCUCUACAGUUGGACGGCGGGGACGUGGACUCAAGGGGCUGUUCAGCAGCAUGCGUUGGCGACGAAAGCCCCAGGCUCAUGAGGACUCAGGUGGGGUGCAAGAGGUGGCCAAGGAGGUGAAGGAAGGAGAUCCAAUACUUUCACCUGACAGCAUGAAAACAGAGAAAGAAGACAUUACUUUAACUCUUGAGCCCCUACUGCAAGUUUUUGAGGACAGUCCUCUUCCAGGGGAUGCAGGGACAUGGAAGGGAACAUCUAUGCAGGAAUUACAGGGCACUAAUGAAGUGGAGUGUGGCAGGCAUUUUGUUCCUCUUUCAUCACAACAUAUAGUCACUGAGGAGUCUCCAGCUCUUCCACUCCGAGUCCAGGCAGGUGGGCUCCAACAUGAUAAGCACAGCGAUUCAGCACACCUGUCUUCUAUUCCAACCUGUGCAUUGACCCCUCCAAUGGAGCACAGCACAGCUGAUCCACCAUCUGAACAAUCUGUAGAUCGCCUAUGCUCCUUGUUCACCGAUGUUACUUCUCUAAAAAGCUUUGAUUCCCUAACAGGCUGUGGUGAUAUCAUCGCUGACCCUGAAGAGGAUUCUGGGAAUGGGGGAAGUGCCACAAGUAGUGGAAUGGGUUGCAGUAGUGGGGGCUGUAUGGGUCGCAGGCUAAGUGGAGCUGGGACAAACUCUGAGAGAUGCUCCCCUGCCAAGCCUCCACUUCCUCCUCAGGUUAGUAGUCUUGCAUCCAUCCAAGCUUCUUGCUACAUGUCAGCCCACCAAAGAGCACGUCCAGCUACUAAAAAGCCACAGGGUAGUGGGGUUGUUGCCUACAUGGGUGGAGGGGAGGAGAUGGCCAGUCCUGAGGGUGUAGAUGAUGAAGACAUGCAGGGAAUGUGGCACAUGUUGCCUCAGAAGGGUGAAGACUCCCCAGCUCCACUUUGUGCAGAGCCUGUACUUCAUCAUGUGCAGACCAGGCUUGAGAAGAGGCCACCACCAGUGAAGGGACUUCAGGGUCUCAGUAAGAUCCCUGGAAGUUGCAAAAUUGGGAAGCAGCAACCCAUAUGUCCUUCCCUGCCACCUGUUGAUAAAGAACUCCAGGACGCCCCACCUAGUGAUGAAGGUUACUGGGACUCCCCCACACCUGGCCCAGAUGAUGAGGACAGCGGCUUCCAUCGUCGGGAUGGCCUACUGAGGGACAGCUGCUCUGGCGAUGCGCUCUAUGACCUCUAUGAUCCUGACAGCCCUAGUGCUGUUGGAUCAGAUGAUGACGUAAGCUCACCAACAAAAUCUGCAGGUGAUCUAAAAAUUAGCUUGCCUUCCAAGAAAUGCUCCUCUUUCUCCACUUCCUCCUUCCGUUCCAUGAAAGGCAGCACCAGCCUACCUCGAGAUUCCAAGAUACCUAUUAGUGUGAGACAAACGCCACCAUCCCACUCUUCCAGUCAGGGAGCACUGUCCUCCAAUCUUAGCCCCACUUCAAAAAGCCCCUCUAAUAAGACUGAUGCCCCACCACGCACUAGGAUCCCUGUCUCUAAGCUUCCUGUCCGUCGUUCUGGCAACAAGAGUUCCCCCUCCAAACAAAGUAGGAAGUAGAGAACUCAGAGGCCCAUCAGCUGUUUUUGACACAACAGAAAAAUAAAUCAAAAAAGAGCUUUAGGUCAAAACAAAUGUUUUUGAUAUAAUAUCAAGCCAUCAUCCACUUUUUUUUAUAAUCAAAACUGCAUUUUUUGUUAAGUGUUGCAUAUUAGACUCAAUCUUAUUUAGACAUUUAUAGAAUGCCCCACAAUAUAACACGUGACUUUCAUAAUAAUGCAAUCUUGAGUUUUUACAUAGUUUACCAGCCUUUGAAAGAGCGAUAAUAUGGUGAGAAUGUUGAUCUUUUGAAGAAUGUUUAAUCAACAAAAGCUUAUCAUUUGAGUAUGUUCUUCCAAUCAAAUCAGCAACAGUGGGAAUUUCUGGGUUAUUCAUCACAUAAGCUCUUAGCACUGUGUAAAAUGCUGCAGCAAUCUUCAUCUCUCCAGGAUUGUUCAAAAUGUGACCAAUUAUGAUGACUUUUUUAGAUGAAGCCAGGCCAAGCACUUCUAAAACUCCAAACUAAGCUACAUGGAGUCUUGUACACUCAAAUUGGAUCAGGGAACACAGCCUUUUGAUUGAGACAUUCUUUUGUCUCACACAACGUGACUUCCUAUUGAUAUAAAAUUAUUUCUUUUUACUGAACCUUCACAUUUCUUACUCUUUUAUAUAGAACAAGGACCUCCCUAUGACCUCACUGUGGAUAUUUGUGCACUGCUUGAUUUGUCUUUUGUGAAACACAACUUGCAAAAAAAUACUCUGGAUCAUGAGUAUCCCCCUUCUCGCAGUGAUUUGUACUACUCUAACAAACCUGGACAUACUGAGUUGGAUAUAUCUGAAUGUAGCAUGUCACAUCACUCUACACAAAGGUCUGUUUUAUUUUCCUGCUCUAUGAGACAGACAGAGAGAGAGAGAGAGAGAGACAGACAGACAGAGAUAGAGAGAGAGCGAGAGAGAGAGAGAGAGAUACAGAGAAGCCCAUAUGCAUCACAAAAUACCUGUCUUCCGCCAAGUGUUCUCCAGGAGAUGUCGUUUCCCAGCAGCUAUUAGAUUUGGACUGAGCUUCCAUAUGCACUACAAAAAUGACUUUUCUUGCCAAUAAUUUAAGCCUAUAUAAUAAUAAAAAAAAAAAAAACAGAUCAACACAAUGAAUUUUUGCAGUGUAGAGACAUUUUGUCAUUAGAGCAUUUGUGGUUUAUCCACUAUUGUCAAUAACAUAUUUUCUAAUCUUUUAUUUUGUUUUCACCACUGAGACAUUUUAUUUGUAAGUUGUAAAACAUUUUCUCUUCAGAAGGUACAUGAAAUGCCUUAUCUCUCUUAUAUGAAAUGAAUUGCUCCUUUUCUUUUGUUCUUUAUUUAAUUAAUAAAACCACGCUCUGUGUACAUCCAGGAAGUGUACA